UGCUGCCGCUGCCGCUGCUGCUGCUGCUGCUGCUGCUGCUGCUUGGUAUAUCAAAUUUCCCUGAUUUCUUUCAAUGGGUUUCUUCGAGGAUGAUUCAGGCGUAAUAGUAACACAUCUCCUCUACAAAGCGGCAGUUAUUCUAGCAAUCUUGAGAUGUGCCUUAUCCUGGGCUCUCAAAUUCAGAAACACAACCCAUUUGCCCCCUUCUUCUCCCAGUGAUUCGCUACAUCCUCUCCCUUCUUCUCAGCAGAUAAGGGACGGUCUGAUUUUAACCACUUUUGCUGACGUCACCCAGAGGAUAUCACCAGCUUAUGACACGUGUGCUGUGUGCUUGGGCCAGCUGAGAGAGAAUGAUCAAGUCAGAGAACUAAGAAACUGCUGCCACGUGUUCCAUGUUGACUGUAUUGAUAGAUGGGUUGAUCAUGAUGAUGAUGGUAAUCACAGAAGUUGUCCACUGUGUAGGGCCCCACUGCUGACCACGUCACAGAGUUUGGGUUGGAUCAGGUCUGAGCCCAGUUGGGCUGUUGAGAGAAUUCUGUACCUCUUUGGAGAUGAUUUGUUUGUGCAAUAAUGGCCUGCUGCUUAAUGAGAAAGGAUUGAUUUUAGUGGUUUAGGGCAAAAUAGAAGGAAAAUAGAAUCAUUCAAUUUUGUAUGGAUGUGGAUUUUAUUGGCCUUCACAUGUAUAUAUGCAAUUUAUUUUUUUUUUAGCAAAAUGCUAAACCUUAAGUAAAUAAUUAUUGUGUUAUUGUGUUUUUGUUAAAAUUAAGUAAUACUCUCUGUUUUUCUUUUUA